AUGAGCGCCAGCACGAAGCAGUUGGGUGUCACGCCACCGAUCUCUCUGAGUGGACCGACUGAGAGAGAUAUUGAAGUGACGAAGGCGCUCGAGGAUGAGCUUCGAGCGAACAAUGUAUUUGAAUCGCCGGAAGAAGCCAAGUUACGCGAAGUGGUACUAGGUCGCGUAGAUGCGCUAGUCAAGGAAUUUGUGUACCGUGCGUCCAUGGCUCAUGGUCUGUCGGAAAGCGCAGCACGUGCAGCUGGUGGUAAAAUCUUCACAUUCGGCUCGUACCGAUUGGGCGUGCAUGGACCUGGCUCCGAUAUUGAUACCUUGUGCGUGGCGCCCAAGCAUGUUCAUCGCGAAGACUUCUUCACUAUCUUUGAAUCCCUUUUGAAAGAACGAGAUGAUGUAACAGAAGUAGCGCCUGUGCCUGAGGCCUACGUCCCCUUGAUCAAGACGAAAUUCAUGGGCAUUUCGAUCGAUUUCUUGUUUGCAACCAUUGCGCUGCCGCGCAUUGAUGACUCUUUGGAUUUGCGUGAUGACAGCUUGCUUAAAAACCUGGAUGAGCGCGAAGUGCGUAGUCUUGGUGGUUCGCGUGUCACUGAUGAGAUUCUGAGCUUGGUACCCAACGUCCCAGUGUUCCGUCUAGCUUUGCGCUGUAUCAAGCUGUGGGCCAGUCGUCGGGCGAUUUACUCCAACGUGCUUGGUUUCCUUGGUGGUGUGGCCUGGGCGAUGCUCGUGGCACGGAUUUGCCAGCUGUAUCCUAACGAAGUGGCGGGUGCCAUUGUGAGCCGCUUCUUCAUUAUUCUCCUGCAGUGGAAAUGGCCGCAACCUGUGCUGCUCAAGAACAUUGAGGAUGGGCCGCUGCCGAUUCGUGUGUGGAACCCACGUCUGUACCCAACUGAUCGUUUGCAUCGUAUGCCUAUCAUCACACCUGCAUACCCAUCUAUGUGUGCUACACACAACGUCUCGCAAUCUACACAGAUGAUCAUGACUCAGGAAUUCCAACGUGGCUCGGAAAUUGUUGACCGGAUUUUCCUGGGCAAAGCGACUUGGAGUGAGUUGUUUGAAAAACAUGACUUUUUCCACAAGUAUAAGUAUUACCUCCAAGUCAUCGCGUCUUCGGGGUCCGCCGACCUGCAACUCAAAUGGCAAGGUACGGUGGAAUCACGUCUCCGUCAGCUGAUCAUGAAACUGGAACUGGUGCCGUCGCUGAUUCUUGCACACCCCUUUGUCAAGGGCUUUAAUCAAGAAAGUGUAUGUCUAUCUGAUGAAGAAGUAAGGCAGGUAGCCACAGGAGACGUGCCUGCCGAAGUGGCAGCACGUACCACGCUGCAAGAGUUGCCAGAAGGCGAGGCGGCCAAAGAAAAGGAUGAAUCCACACAAGCCAGUGAUGACAAGACAGGUAAACGAACUGUUUACACAACGACGUUCUACAUUGGUCUUAAGGUAGAGCCUCGGCAACCCCACGAAGGCACUACGCGUCGCUUUGAUAUCUCGUACCCUAUUCUUGACUUUACACAGAAGGUGAAGCAAUGGGAUCAGUUUGAUGAGUCGGCUAUGGGCAUCGUAGUGCGGUCCAUUAAAGGCACCAACCUGCCCGAUUACGUCUUUGAUGGUGACCCACGCCCUCGCAAGGUGGCAAGCAAGCGGUCAAAGAACAAGCAUGCUGGCACAUCGCAGGAAGAAGAAGCCAGUAAGAAGGCAAAAGCAGAAGACCUGGCACCUAUCGAAAGCACGUCCGGGUCUACGUGA